AUGGCACCCCUAAAAGUCCUCAUCAUCGGCGGCGGCAUCGCCGGCCCAGCGGCAGCAUACUGGCUCCUCCGCAUCGGCGCUCACAUCACUCUCGUCGAACGAGCCCCUCAAGUGCGAGCUUCAGGCCAGCAAGUCGAUAUGCGCGGCCAAGGGGUUCCCCUCAUGAAGAAGAUGGGCAUCGAGGAGGCCGUGAAAGCUGCAUCCGUCCACGAGCCCGGCAUGCAGCUCAUCGACCGCCACGGCAACAUCAAAGCCUUCUUCCCAGUCGCGGAGAGCGGCUCGGGGCGACAAGGCUUCACAUCAGAAUACGAAAUCAUGCGAGGGGAUCUCGUCAAGAUCCUGUAUUCACUUACAGAGAACCACCCCAACGUGCGGCAUCUGUUCAACACCACCAUCAAGGGCUUCACCCAGGACGACGAGAGUGAUCCUCAUGGCAAAGUCCACGUCACUUUCCAAGACGACCACGUAGAAGACUUUGACCUCGUCAUUGGCGCAGACGGAACCGGCUCGCGGACGCGCAGGAUGAUGCUCGGCGAAGGCGCACCGGAUCCUCGGCGCCAAAUGGGGGGUUACAUCGGCUACUUCAGCGUCCCCACGAAUCCCGGGGACUCGGACCGGGCGACGUUCUGUCAUUUGCCAGGGGCGCGAAUCAUCGGCACGAGAAAGGACGUUCCCGAGCUGACGCGGGUGUACAUGAUAUUCCGUGGAAGGAAGCCUUCCCUUGACGCGGCGCUGGAAUCCGGAGAUCUGACGACCAUCAAGAAGGCUGUAGCCGAGAUAUAUCAGGGAGGCGGCUGGGAAUGUGAUCGGUUCAUGCAUGCGCUCCUACACGCUCCAGAGGCCGACGACCUAUACAUUACGCCCAUCCAAGAGGUGCAUCUCCCGCCAGGGUCCUGGUCCAAGGGCCGAGUCGUUCUCCUCGGCGACGCGGCGCACUGCCAUACAGCAGGCGGCUACGGAUGCGCGUGGGGCUUGGUAGGAGCCUACAUGUUAGCAGGAGAGAUUGCAACGCUGCUGAAGAAGGACGGUUCAUCGCCGUCAGCGGACGUCAUCCAGGGGUGCAAGAAUUAUGAGGAAAAGUUCCGGCCUGUUGCCACGUCCAUGCACGGAGGCUACGAGUGGUUUGAGGAUUUACUGACGCCCAAGACGGACCUCGGGAUCUGGAUUCUCCAUCUGUUUGCGAGAUUGGCGGCGUGGCUCCGUGUUGGUGAAAUGAGCGGGCUGGAUGGAUUGACGUCGAAGUGGCAGCUGCCGGAAUACCCAGCACUGGAGAAGGAUUGA